AUGAGUGCGUGGAAGGGCAAGGAGGCUAAGUACGCGCUCGACCGUCUCCCACACAUGACUAAGAUCGCUAGAAAGCCCGAAAGAAAGGGUACGGAGUUGAAGGCGAUAGCAGACGGCGAGAGCGGAGUUCUGCUACGACUUGAAGUAGUUGAAGGCACGGUGCGCCAGCGACAAAAGCAGUACUGCAGUCAGUUCGGGGAAGGAGCUUCCAUCGUGUUACGCCUCGCUGAGCCGUACAAAGGAACAAGGCGAACCAUUAUUGCUGACUCAACGUUUGCCUCUGUGAAAACCCUGGUUCAGGUUGAAAAGCCACUUGGUCUCUUCUUCAUGGGCAUUGUCAAAACAGCAACCGUUCAGUAUCCUAAAACCCAUAUGCAACAGUGGAGUGCUUCCCCCCCCGUGUCGAUUUCAACGUACUACCGAGUAAAACAGAUACUAGUAACGAUAUGUACGCCAUUUGCUGGGCAAAUAAAAAAACCAAGAUGCUGA